UACUCUGUUAUUAGGGACGCGAUUUCAGCGGUUCUAGGUUGUCACAGGAGAACGAAGAAAGGAGAAACGGCGGCAGCAGCGAGCGCGGCUAUCGUUCCCGUUUUCAUUCAUCUCUUGAUCCUCUAGCCAUGGCAACCCAGAUGAGCAAGAAGCGAAAGUUUGUGGCUGAUGGCGUUUUCUUCGCGGAACUAAACGAGGUUUUGACUCGUGAGCUCGCGGAGGAUGGGUACUCCGGUGUGGAGGUUAGGGUUACUCCCAUGAGGACAGAGAUCAUCAUCAGGGCCACCCGGACUCAGAACGUGCUUGGCGAGAAGGGAAGGAGAAUUAGGGAGCUGACUUCUGUCGUGCAGAAAAGAUUCAAAUUUCCGGAGAACAGCGUUGAACUUUAUGCUGAGAAGGUUAAUAAUAGGGGUCUCUGUGCUAUUGCCCAGGCUGAGUCACUCCGAUACAAACUCCUUGGAGGGCUUGCUGUUCGCAGGGCCUGUUAUGGUGUUUUGAGAUUUAUCAUGGAGAGUGGUGCCAAGGGAUGUGAAGUUAUCGUAAGUGGAAAGCUUAGGGCACAGCGUGCUAAGUCCAUGAAAUUCAAGGAUGGGUAUAUGAUUUCUUCUGGCCAGCCUGUGAAUGAAUACAUUGAUUCUGCUGUUAGACAUGUUCUUCUGAGACAGGGAGUGCUCGGCAUCAAGGUGAAGAUUAUGCUUGACUGGGAUCCAAAGGGCAAGCAGGGGCCGCCUACUCCUCUGCCUGAUCUGGUUACGAUUCAUCCACCUAAGGAGGAAGAAGAGUAUGGAAGACCAUCCUUGACAAUGCCUACAGAAAUUGAAGCUCCUCCUGCUAUUCUACCCCAAUAAAUAUCAUUAUCUUUAUCUGUUUGUUAGGCUUGAGAAUUGAGUUUAUACAUUAUAUGAGAAAUUGCCACUUAUAUGAAAAACAUUCAGGUAGCUAAUUUAUAAUGCUUAUAUUUUGUCUCUUUAA